AUGCUUGCUGGGCUAGAAGAUGUAAAUACACACCAUGGUGACGUUCGGGCAUCAGGUGAUUCCGAGGCGGCGUCAUCAGGGCGGACAGCUGGCAGCUUUCAACUCUUUGAUUCGCUGACAAAUGGGCAUUUUGGCUCUAUAACUUCCCGAGACUUGGCAGGGGAGGAAUUGAUGGAUGACUUAUCCAAUUCGAUGACAAAGUGUGAUGCUGAUAUUCAAGUUUUGGGACCAGCAGAACUUUUAGUCACUCAAAAUGGAAAACAAAGCGUGCAUAUUGGUAUCAAUUCUUCUGGGGCUACUGUUGCUUCAUGCGUCGACGAUGCGUCAAAGGCACAAGCGACAGUUGCACAGCCAAGUACAGCAGACUUUUUGAUCGAACUUAAUCACUACAGCAAUGACGCUGGUGUAUAUUCACCCCCUGCUCCACUUUGUCAGUUGCCAGCUCGGCAGAUAGCUUUCGAAUGCGUUGAGGGUUACUGCAGGAAGGUUAACACGUACUACCCUAUCAUUGAUCAAGAGAAGAUUCGACAAAGCCUGAACAUGAUGUAUUCAGAAGCACGAAAUCAGCUUGGAGCUCUCGACCAUUGUUUGUGCUAUCUUGUCAUAUCAAUAGGCUCGUUGAUGAAUCCUAUACCCACAGAACAUGCCAAGACCACCGCGGAUCUCUACCGUGAAGCUUGGUCCUUGCUACAGGACUGCAUUUCGUCCCCAGGCGAGCUAUCUUUGCAGAUCGUACUGUUACACGUUGUUCAUUAUAUGGCUGUUGCAAAAGCUGGGAUUGCGUGGACUUACUCUGGAUUGGCUGUCCGGAUGGCCCAAGGUCUAGGACUUGACAGACUCCCGUCACAAACGAGCCUUACUUCAUCUGAAUCCAAGAACUUAUGGUGGAUUGCUUUGAGUUUCGAUGCGACGCUUUCAAUGUCGCAGGGUCGCCCUCCAGCUGUUGCUAAGAUUGACCUAUCCUUUUCCAAAACCCCUGGGGAUCUUGAAACAACCGAAAAUGGGUCCUUACUUCCCAACUUCUCGUAUAUCUACUCCUGGAUAUUCCAAAUCCAUACUUUCCAAAACCGUUUUUGCAACAUGAUACAAGGAAGCGAGUCGCGCGCCUGGAAGCUUAGCCAGAUUGCAAAACUCGACUGCGACCUAAUCCAGUGGAAAGAUAGCCUACCGGUCGAAUGUCGACCUGACAACUUAAUCCUGGUGUCCCCCGAGAGGUAUGCACAUAUUCUUUGCAUCCACCUUGAGUACUUUAACAUGCUUCGCUCGAUACAUUGGCUGGCAAUGAAACUGGCAUCAUCAGCUACUGGCGAGGCCCAAACCGUGAUGAGCGGACGUCUUAAAGCAAGUGAAGCUAUCUGUCUUGAGGCAGCCCGGUCUCUCAUCAAAGCCCUGAAUGAACACAACAAUGCCUCCGAUGGGAGUGACUGGAAAACUUGCGCUAUUGUAUUUCAAGUGAACAAUUACAUGGCAGCGAUCGCAACGUUGUAUUGGAGUAUAUCUAUCAAACCAAAAUCUCUCUCAGCGCGUGCUGAUCUCGAGCUUCUGCGAGCUGGAACUAUUCAUCUUCAGCGAGAUACGCCCAAUACCGUUCCUGGCCCUGGUAUCCAUAGUAUGAUCGAUAAUCUUGUCAUCAAAGCGAACGAUCUUGUCUGGAAGGGCAAGUCUCAUUGA